AGUUUCUGCUCUCGGUCUCCUCUUGGCGCCGUGGGGCAGUGAAAGUCCGUGAGAAAUUUCCCGUCGGCGCGGAAGAUGCGCGCCACUUCCGGCCGGGCUCCUAACAACGGGGGAGGUUGGUAACCAGGGAGGGGGGGAUGGCGGAGCGGGUGCCGGAGCCCGAGGCGGAGGCGGAGGCUGAGGCGGGCGCAGGCGGGGAGGCGGCGGCCGAGGAGGGCGCGGCGGGCCGCAAGGCGCGGGGUCGGCCGCGGCUCACGGAGUCCGACAGAGCCCGGCGGCGGCUCGAGUCCCGGAAGAAGUACGACGUGCGGCGUGUGUACCUGGGCGAGGCGCACGGGCCCUGGGUGGACCUGCGGCGCCGCAGCGGCUGGAGCGACGCCAAGCUCGCAGCCUAUCUCAUCUCGCUGGAGCGCGGCCAGCGUAGCGGCCGCCACGGGAAGCCUUGGGAGCAGGUCCCCAAAAAGCCAAAGCGGAAGAAAAGGAGGCGGCGCAACGUGAACUGCCUGAAGAAUGUGGUGAUCUGGUACGAGGACCACAAACACCGCUGCCCGUACGAGCCGCACCUGGCCGAGCUGGACCCCACCUUCGGUCUGUAUACCACGGCCGUGUGGCAGUGCGAGGCCGGCCACCGCUACUUCCAAGACCUGCACUCGCCCCUGAAGCCCCUCAGCGAUUCAGACCCCGACAGCGACAAAGUGGGCAAUGGCCUGGCGGCCGGCAGCUCCGACUCUUCCAGCUCCGGCUCGGGCUCUGACUCUGAGGAGCCCCCUGAGGGCCAGCCGGCCAAGGUAGCGGCGGCGGCAGUUACCCCCACCAGCCCGGCGGGCAGCAGCGGGCUCAUCACGCAGGAGGGCGUGCACAUCCCCUUCGACGUCCACCACGUGGAGAGCCUGGCUGAGCAGGGCACCCCGCUGUGCCCCAACCCGGCAGGCAGCGGGCCCGAGGCCCUGGAGACGGUGGUGUGCGUGCCAGUGCCCGUGCAAGUGGGCCCGGGCCCCGGCACCCUCUUUGAGAACAUGCCCCAGGAGGCGCUGGGCGAGGUGGUGGCCAGCUGUCCCAUGCCGGGCAUGGUGCCUGGCUCGCAGGUGAUCAUCAUCGCUGGCCCCGGCUACGAUGCCCUCACGGCCGAGGGCAUCCACCUCAACGUGGCAGCAGGCAGCGGUGCCCCCACUGGAGGCCUGGGGGACGAGGUGCCCUGCGCCAUGAUGGAGGGUGUAGCAGCCUACACCCAGACGGAGCCCGAGGGCAGCCAGCCCAGCACCCUGGACCCUGCUGCCAUGGCAGGCAUCGAGACCAAGAAAGAGAAGGAGGACCUGUACAUGCUUAAGAAGGAGGAGAAGGAGGAGCCCGUAGCCCCAGAGCUGGCAGAGCCGGCGGCGACAGGGCCCGAGAGCGCAGAGCCUGAAGCAGAGGCGGAUGGGGAGGAGCUGGACGGCAGUGACAUGUCGGCCAUCAUCUACGAGAUCCCCAAGGAGCCCGAGAAGAGGCGGCGGAGCAAGCGGACUCGGGUGACGGAUGCCGAUGGCCUGCUAGAGAUGUUCCACUGCCCCUACGAGGGCUGCAGCCAGGUCUAUGUGGCCCUCAGCAGUUUCCAGAACCAUGUCAAUCUUGUGCAUCGGAAAGGGAAGACCAAAGUGUGUCCACACCCUGGCUGCGGCAAGAAGUUCUAUUUAUCCAACCACCUGCGGCGGCACAUGAUCAUCCAUUCAGGUGUCCGUGAAUUCACCUGCGAAACCUGCGGCAAGUCCUUCAAGAGGAAGAACCACCUGGAGGUACACCGACGCACGCACACCGGCGAGACGCCCCUGCAGUGCGAGAUCUGUGGCUACCAGUGCCGACAGCGCGCGUCACUCAACUGGCACAUGAAGAAGCACACGGCCGAGGUUCAGUACAACUUCACGUGCGAGCGCUGUGGGAAGCGCUUCGAGAAGCUGGACAGCGUCAAGUUCCACACGCUCAAAAGCCACCCGGACCACAAGCCAGCCUGACCCAUCCAACCACUGACCGACCGCCCCUAUUUAUUCGUCCGCUCGGACACGACGCCCGGGCUUGCCGGGGCCCGCACAGCCGCGGGGGCCUCCCGGACCGCGGGCCGGAAGGAGGCGCCCCUGCCCUGCCCCAGGGCUGGGCCCCCCUCCCCCCGGGGCUGGUCCCCCCCCAACCCUGCCCUAUCUCUGGAGGUGGCGCCUGGGGCCGCACUGCUAGAACUGUGUCAAGAGAGCAGAGCGAGAUUAAAAGAGUGAGAAAGGAGA